AUGUGUGACGAUGCAGAGUACUGUCGACCAGGGAAGCUCACUCGGGCUCUGGUGUUCAGGGAUUUCACCGGGGCUCUACCCACAGGCAUGACUGACUGUCUAGGUGCUCGAUCUCAGUCUUCAGUGCCUCUGGGGAGGCACCUGUUUCCCCAGCACUUGGCCCCCGGCCGAGGUGUCCUCUGGGAGUGGCUGAGUGAUGACAGCUCCUGGAUUGCCUAUGAGGCAGCAUCUGUGACUACCUGGAGCAGCAGGUCUGCACCCAGGCUGAACACCACCAACCCCUGGGCUGGAGCAGCUCCUGCCAUGGGGAGCCAGUCCCUCUUCUUCUGCUCCAGUCUUGCCCACCUGGGACCACAGCUGCUGCCCCCAGGAGCCUCCACGUCCAGAGGAGCCAGUGCCUCGCUCCUCAGUGGCCCCUCAAACAACCCUGGGAGCAUCCCUGCCACUGUGCCCGUGCAGAUGCCAAAGCCAAGCCGGGUCCAGCAAGCGCUUGCAGGGGGAACUCCGAAGCCAGAGCCAGAGCAGGUGAUCAGAAAGUACACCGAGGAGCUGAAGUUGCCCCCUGAUGAGGACUGCAUCAUCUGCAUGGAGAAGCUGUCUGUGGCAUCUGGGUACAGCAACAUGACUGACAGCAAGACCAUGGGGCCCAUGGCCGUUAGCCGCUUCGCCAAGUGCAGCCACGCCUUCCACCUGCUGUGCCUGCUGGCCAUGUACUAUAACGGGAACAAAGAUGGGAGCUUGCAAUGCCCCUCCUGCAAGGCCAUCUAUAGAGAGAAGACCGGGACCCAGCCCCAGGGGAAGAUAAAGGUGUUCAAGUUCCAGGUGUCGCUCCCAGGCCACAAGGACUGCGGGACGAUACACAUCAUCUACAGCACUGCUCACGGCAUCCAGGGCCCUGAGCACCCCAACCCUGGAAAGCCACUGACCACCAGAGGCUUCCCCCACUAGUGCUACCUUCCAGACAACGCCCAGGGCUGCAAGGUUCUGAAGCUCCUGAAAGUGGCCUGGAAGAGGCGCCUCAUCUUCACAGUUGGGACGUCCAGCACCACAGGCAAGGCCGACACAGUGGUGUGGCACAAGAUCCACCACAAGACCGAGAUGGACCACAACAUGACUUGCCACGGCUACCCUGACCCCAACUACCUUCCCAACAUGCUGGCUGAGCUGGCCGCCCAGGGUGUGACCGAGGACUGCCUGGAGCAGCAGUGA